AUGGCUUUCGAUGCAGAUUUCCUCGAUCUCAUGGCAUCCGCAGGGAUCCAGACAGUCGACGCAGACGUGCGCACAGAAGAAAAGGAAUUCGACGAGGAUUUCCUCCAAAUCGUCGACUCCUUGGGCAUCCAGAGAGAAGCAAGCCUGAGCAGUCAGGAGCAGGUCGCUCGAUGCUCUCCGAAGGAAGUGCGUCCCAGCAAGCGUGCCCGGGAACACGAAAUCCCGAGGAGGCUGCUCGAGACGGAAGUCAACGUGUUCGUACGCUUCUGCACGGACUUCCACGUGGCACUUCUGUCUAGUGAGCAACUCCGCAGCUGCAUGGGCAUGGCGCCCAGGCAGCUGGGUAAGGGCGGCUACGGCACCACUUUCCUGAACCUUGAGAAGGAGCUGGUGGUGAAACAGGCCCAGAACCUGGAGACGUUCCGGACCUUCAUCGUGGAAGCGAAGGUCAUGACGCUGCUCGCCCAAUACGACGGCUUCCAGCGCCUCGUGGGCGUGUGUCCGGAGAGGAUGUGCCUGGUCACCAGGUACGCCGGCCAGACCCUCGACGCCCAGCUGAUCGGCCGCCUGCACGCGGAGCAAAGGAUCUCCGUUGCGAGGCAGGUGUGCAACAUGGUGCAAAUGAUGCACAAGCACGGGCUCGCCCACAACGACAUCAAGCCAGCUAACGUGUGCGUGCGCAUGGGCGCGGAGGGAGCCCGGGUGACCGUGAUCGACUUCGGUGUGACCAUGGCGGCCGGGAGGCUGCCGAGGCUGGGGAUCCAGUGGAACGAGCGCCUGUGCUACGCCCCCGAGAUCUGCGGGAGCGAGAGUGCGGGCCCGUGCGGUAGCCUCUCCGACGCGUACGCCGUGGGCAAGCUGCUGCUGGUCGUAUUCAGCGGGAAGCAGCAGAUGCCGCAGCUGGUGAGGCGCUGGUUCUUCAAGAGCCAGGAGCUGAUCCCUGCAGAGCGCCAGGGCCUGGGCUCGCUGCUGGAGGCCCUCGAGCAGGAGAGGAUCCGCCUGCUCCGCCGCUGCUACUGA